AUGAGGAGCAAAUGGAUGACGACUUUUCAGAGCAUCGCAUCCUCCAGUACGAGCGUGAGCAGCUCGAUUCUCGACUACCGCAUAGAGAACGGACGCACGUAUCACAAGUACAAAGACGGCAGUGAGUUCCGCAUCGCACUAAACUUGAGGUUGUAUCUCCGGCUCACACAAGUAGAAUAUGCACUUCCCAAUGAUGAACGGGAGCUUGAUAGACUUGACCUGUCACACAAUCUCUUUCUCAUGACCUUUGACAACAAACUCGGAACAGCCCCGCCGAAUGCCGCUGACUCUGGGGUCCGUCGCGUCCUUGAUAUCGGCACAGGCACGGGCAUUUGGGCAGUCGACUUUGGCGACGAGCAUCCCGAGGCUGAGGUUCUCGGAGUCGAUCUGUCUGCCACAUGGCCCGAUUACACCCCUCCCAAUGUCCGCUUCGAGAUUGACGACGUCGAGGACACUUGGACGUUUUCUCGGCCGUUUGAUUACAUCCACAGUCGCGUCAUGACCUCGUCGGUCAAGAGCUGGGAAGAUUUCAUCCGCAAGUGCUUCGAACACCUUAGCCCCGGGGGAUACCUCGAGCUGAACGAAAUCGAUCCUUGCCCUCUGUCCGACGACGGCACCCUCCAAUCGACGUCCGCAGUCAUCAAGUCGGUCCGCAUGCUAGAACAGGCUGCCAACAUCUUCGGUCGCCCUUACCACACCGCGCAAGCACUCCAAGAGACUCUGACAAAAGUCGGCUUCGAGGAUGUGACUGUACAGAGAUUCAAGUGGCCGACGAACCCUUGGCCGCGAGAUGCCCGUCAUAAGGAGCUUGGGAUCUGGACCCACGAGAAUCUGGUUGCCGGCUGGGAGGGCUUCUGCAUGGCACCUUUUACCAGGGCCCUGAAUUGGUCUAGGGAGGAGGUCCUGAUUCUCAUGAUGCAGGUGCGCAAGGAGUUUAGCGAUCGGAGCAUUCAUGCGUACUUCCCGGUCCAUUCCAUCUACGCUAGGAAGCCUGCCGGGCCAGCUUCAGCAUGA